ACCAUCACACCUCUCUGAGCUUCUUCUCUCUCUGCUGCCUCUUUGUCUCUUCUGUCACAUCCAUCCGUCCAUCCGUCCAUCCGUCCAUCCUCCCCCUCUCUCCCUCUCUGCCUCCCCCCCUCUCUCUCACCCCUCUCCUCUCCAUGUGAAUCAUGUCCAGCUUCAGGUUUGUGUCUCUGCUCGGAGUCUCAGUGCUGCUGCUGCUGCUGCUGGCUGCUGUUUGUGAGGCUCAGUAUUACGGCGACUUCACGCAGGCUCCAGACUACGACUCCGACUACAACGCCACCUUCGAGUACAGCUUCUACAGUAACGCCAGCAGCGAGGACCUGGACAGGUUCAGCGAGCGAUUCAUGGACGAGGAUGAUGAGGAUGGGCGGGAGGAAGAGGACACAGGAGGGCAGCAAGGGCAAGAGGAAGUGACUGUUACCAUGGCAACCACCAGAGGUGUCACUGUGAAGGGCGGUGUUCACGGUCGUAGCGCCGCAUCACCUCCUGUUUCUCUGGAAAUCAAGGCGCUGGUCUCGACUCUGAUAAUCCUGAUGGUUGUGAAUUUACAGCAGCUGUGACACUCACUGUGAGACACACACACACUGAGCAGCUGUCGUCAGGUGUGUGUGCGAUCACCUGACCCAAAGAAGGCGGAGUCACUUUAACCUCAGCAGAGAGUGUUCCCCUCCCCCCUCCUAAACAUGGCUGUCCAGGUGGAUUUCAGCCAAUCACAGAGCAUCUUUACUUCAGCAGUGGAGUUCUGAACUCAUAAAACAGAUGAACUUCAUCACAUGAGGAAUCACAUUUUUAACACCUGAAGGUGGCAGAAAGAUGACAGGACCGUGGUUUGAACAUUUUAUUAUAUCUGCUGGUAAUAAAUAUGAAGUUUAUUUAUACCAAAACUGUAGUCAACCUGUCUUCUAGAAAUGACAUUUAUAUUCAUAACAGCAGGUUAAAACUUUAAACGUUUAUAAUUCAUGAAGAAAUUAUAUUAAUUGAUCUAUUUGUUACUUUGCUAAAACACUGACACCAAAUGUAGUAAAAUAAUUUUUGUUUCCCAUGAACAUACUCAAUCUUGUAGUCAAACAUCCACAAGAUUUCAAGAAUUGUGCAUUUGUUAGAAAUUUGCACCACUGAACAUGAACUGUGUCACGCUUUUAAUUGUUCAUGUUGUGGCCUGUUUUGGAUUUCAAGAUUAAGUUGUGUUUUACUGUUUGUUGUUUUAAUUUUACUUCAAUUAUUUGAGGUAAUUAAGACAAAAAACCUGAGGGAAGGGUCUAUUUAUUAUUCCCUCAGAGAAGAAUUGGGAGUCUGCAACCAGUCAAUGAUUAUUGAUUUUUCAGUGUUCAUAAAAGCCCUUCUUAUUCCCAAAUGACUCAUGUGAAGAUAUAAGUCUUUGUCUUUCCAACAGUAACGAACUCAAACAGUUUAUUUUUGGACUUCAGCGAGCUCCUCCUCCAAACUGGAGAUUCUCCUUCAUGGAGACAGUUCGAGGUGACUUCAGGGCCUGUGUGAAAUUUUAACUAGUAUUUUAACACUCAAAAAAACCCCAAAACCAGAAAAUAUAGUUCCACUGUAACGCAAAAAUGUUGGGUUUUGUAGGUCCUUAGUGGCCAAGAAGACCGACUAAAACUAUGCAGCCACCUUGUUUAACCCACUGAACCCCGAGAAGAUGUUUUUUUGUUCAUGUCACAUUUGAAUUGACUGUGGGCUCAUUUUUCACUGCAGUAUAAAGUUCUGCACCUCUAUGGAAACAGAACAACCAUGAUUGAAUUAGAGAGGACUCAGAAGUCUCUCCUGUGCAGUUUGACACAAUUAUAAUGCCACGAAUAAAAGACAAUAUAGUUUAUUGCUUAUUUAAAAAAAUAAAAAAACUGGAAUCAACUUUUUUUUCCAUCCCCAAAUGUACAGCUUACCAAUACUGGAAAAAUAAAUGUGAACUCAACACAUUAAAGAUUUUACUUCUUAUAUUUUUAAUUAGUUUUCAUACUUGCCUCCUCUCUGCUCUGUGUUAACACUGCCUGCAGUUCAACCGAAUAGUCUCUAAAUUUUAAUCACGUGACUGUUGGUCACAGCUGAGUCACUAAUGGCUUCGCACUUGCACUGGAGAAGCAGAAUUUUUGUUAUUUUACAGAUUCUUGCUGGAGCAAACAAUUUAUUUUAAACAUAUUUUUACAUGAGACAUGUAGAAUAAAGUGAUUUUGAUAAGAUAUCAUAAUUUUAAGGUAAGAUAUGAUUAAUUUUCAUGACAGAAACUUAUCAAAGACAAUUCAAGGAUGCCCUGAAAGUUGAAAAUCUGAAGAUUGUGUCUGUUUUCACAGUUUCUGGCUGAUAAUAGUGUUAUUUUUGUAAUUAAAAAACAAACAAACAAACAAACAAACUUGACUUUCAAACCCACCAGGAAGUUUUGGGUUUCAGAGGGUCAAGCAAAAAUAAAUUAUGGAAAUGUUUUUUUUUUAACUACUAUUAAGGACUGAACUCUAGUUUUGAUAUAAAUAAACUUCCGUACUAUUGAUCAUAAAUAAAGAACAGUAGAAGCCUUUAACGUUAAGGGCUGCUAACAGAUUCUGAUGGUGACGACAUAUUUUUUAUAAAACAAUCCAGAUCCUCUAAACUAAGAGCACAUGAACGUCCUGUUGUGUCUGUAAAUGUGAUUCUCUCUCUGUUAGUUUGCUUUUUAUUUUAUAAACUUCACUUCUCCACAGUUUCUCUUGGAACAUUUUCACAUAUGCAGUCUCACGGUGAAUCAAACACCAGCACUUUUGUCGGCGAGUAGCACUUACAGUAUUUAGUUCUGUUGUUCUGUAGAGAAAAUAAACGCUAAAAUAAAGACACAUCAUAAAGAUGACCGUAAAUGAAACUGGGCAUCAAAAAUCAUUCAGUUUAUAUUUUAAAGCAUUCACUGCCUUGUCCUGUUAAAGCCCAUCAGUUUGUCAGAAAGUGUUAAUAAACAGAUGAAAUUUAAACGUUUAUUUUGAUAUUUUAAAACUGCAAACACGACAACAGCAAGAGAAGAAACAAAGUAAAAACUUUUUAAAAGGGUUUUUAUGCAGUAUAAAGAGAAAAAAACUAAUGAAUGUGACAGGAAAAACUUUUAGAACAAUUUGAACAGAUGUUGUUUAUUAGCUUUAUUGUUUAUAUUUGUUUGUGUUUUGCAAUAAAAGAUAGAAAAAUUA